AUGGAAGGAAUGGAAAGAGGACCAGCAGAAACAAUAGAGAGAGGUGUUACCACAGAGAGAUUAAGUACAGCACCUCCAGUAGCAGCGGCAGCAGCGGCGGCACCGAAACCAGUUGAAGUCCCACCGGUGUACAAGUUAAAGUUAACAUUAAAAGGACACAGGAAAUCUAUUUCAUCGGUAAAGUUUUCACCAGAUGGCAAAUGGUUACUCUCUGCAUCCGCUGAUAACACUGCAAAGAUUUGGGAUGCAAGAUCGGGUACCUUCCAGAGGACUCUAACAGGACACAAAAAAGGUCUAUCGGAUGCAUCGUGGUCACACGAUUCAAAGUUUAUCUGCACUGCAUCUGAUGAUACAACCGUAAAGAUUUGGGAUGCUGAAACUGGAGAUCUAAUUAAAACAUUGAAAGGACAUGAUAAUUAUGUAUUUUCAUGUAACUUUAACCCACAAUCCAACAAGAUUGCAAGUGGAUCAUUCGAUGAGACCGUCAUAGUCUGGGACGUCAAGUCAGGCAAACAACUCAUACGUAUUCCAGCACACACCGAACCAGUUUCAUCGGUUCAUUUCAACAGAGACGGUUCAAUGUUACUUACAAGUAGUAUAGAUGGUACAGUUCGUGUUUGGGACUCAUUUUCAGGAUCACCACUACAGACUUUGUCGGCGACAUUGUCAUCGACAGACAGCGUGGCACCACCCAUCGUUUCAUAUUCAAUAUUUUCACCGAAUGGCAAGUACGUGUUGGUCGGUACACUCGACUCGAAACUGCGACUCUGGAACUACAGUGAGAAUAAGAUGCUAAAGGUAUACGAGGGUCAUCAGAACUCACAGUACUGCGUGUUCUCAACCUUUUCCAACGGUAAAUGGGUGGUAUCUGGUUCAGAGGAUCACAUGAUCUACAUUUGGAAUCUACAGACAAAGGAGAUCGUACAGCGACUCGAAGGACACACCGAUGUCGUUUUGGCUGUGGCUUGCCAUCCCACCGAGGAAAUCAUUGCCUCUGGUGCAAUCAACUCUGACAACACAAUUAAGAUUUGGAAAGUCUAUACUAUGUACAAAUCAAAUCAUAGAUUGAUAAGAUCGAUAACAGAAAUGAGAGUUCAAUUUGAUGAACUUGAUCAACACCAAAAUUGUCAAAUCAACCUCAAUGAACAACAACAACAACAGCAACAACAACAACAAUGA